AUGACUACCAGAAUAGCCAACACUGUCACUUGGGUCACACCGGCAGCUCAAAGUCAUCCAGACCAAUCAGACAUUGACUAUGCACCAAAUUACGAAAAGUGGCAGGCUCGUGCGGCUAGACGACUUGCUGCAGGGGGCCUCGAGACGAAAUUGCCACAAGGGUUUCCUGAAGAGUUGGAGGGGAAAUUGGUCUGGGACGGCAAGAUACUGGCCGAGACAUACGACUGGAUCUAUGUAUUGAAGGACGAGCAGUUGGCAGAGAUUGAUGAAGCUGUGGCUUAUUUCCAAGAGGAGAACAUUAUGAUAUACGCUGGACUAUCUGCACACAUCGCGCCUCAGCGAGGUCGACAAGAUCAAAAAUAUGAUGGAAAGUCAGCCGAUGUAGUAUUGUCGCAUAUCAAGGACCUCAGUCGUUCAGACCCAGACAAAAUCAUCGGCAGCCCGGCUUAUACCACCGAUAAGCAGGUCUUCCACACAGACUCAGGGGAUCUCGUGUCUCUGUUUGUGCUGGAGACGGCACUGAGCGGAGGUGCUAGCAAACUGGCGAGUACUUGGAAAGUGUACAACGAAAUUGCCCGCGCACGACCUGACUUGAUCCAUACUUUGACAACAUCUUGGGAUUACGAGAUGUUUGUGCCCUCAUAG